CAUCGGGUGUUGACUGUUGAGUUCCACUGUUGAAAUCUUCGCAUUUGUUGUUUGGUGUCCAUAACCACAACUCCAGCCAUCGCACGCGGUCGCCGCGGGUCUCCUCAACAAUUUGAUGUCCUUACCUCAAUUUCAACCUUGUUUACGAUGGGGGCUUGCGAUAACAGUCCUUUUGUCGUGCACCGGACACAAAACAAACCUUCAAUCUUCCCUAAUAUCUUCAUUACAUCGGCGUGUCGGCGGUCUGCAAACGCCGUCUGUAGUCUGUGUGUCCUUUAGAGUCCUAUACAAAUGCUCGCAGACCCAACCACUAAAAGCACUGCCAAAAAGUAAUUAUCGAGUCCGUGCGAUGACGCAAAUGUGCACAUCGCGCGCGGAUAAAGCCAAAGGGCGCCACAUCCCGUCAAUGUGCACGACCUGUUGCCGAUACCCCGUUUUCGCUGAUCCCGAUGAGUCCUUGCUUCUCUUGCUCCGCAAAAUUCAUGUAAGCCAUUUACGCGCUCGAAAUCGCGAAUCGCACGGACCGUUAGCCGUCAUCGUUCUCUCUGACGUGUGUCAACCGCCGCGAUAAGCUCGACGGUUGAACGAUAGUUGAUAAUGCGGAGAUUCGUUAUACGGAGGCAGUCGGGGUGUCGGAGAGAAUGCUCGCCGUUGACAUACACCUUGACGAGGUGAUCUUUUCAACGAAAGCAAGGCAUCUUCAGUCGCCACCCAUCGCAUUGCACGGUGUAUGUGUAGGUUUAUCGAAAGUCUCUGACAAAACAACAUAAUAAGGACGCGCAAGCUGAAUCUUUGCACUUACCUGGUUCACAGUUUAGUAUUGCUUUACAACGGGACAGAAGUUUGUAGGUAG